CGCACAGCCCGCUGCCCCGCGGACUCCGCCCAUCGGGCCGGGAACUCUAGUGGGAAGCGGGCGCCGGCUGUCGGAGCGUGACUGCGUGCGCGGGGCGCUAGGAGGCAUUGUCGCCGCACAGACCCCUUUGUGAGCAGCAAACCGGCCUGAAGGCUGGGAGCAGGACACCCACAUCUGCAUGCUGAGGAAGAUGGGCGAGGCUGUGGCCAGAGUUGCAAGGAAGGUCAAUGAGACGGUGGAGAGCGGCUCGGACACCCUGGACCUGGCCGAGUGCAAGCUGGUUUCCUUCCCCAUUGGCAUCUACAAGAUCCUGAGAAACGUCUCUGACCAGAUCCACCUCAUCACACUGGCUAACAAUGAGCUCAAGUCCCUCACCAGCAAGUUCAUGACUACCUUCAGUCAGUUGCGAGAACUCCGUCUAGAAGGGAACUACCUCUAUCGCCUCCCCAAUGAGGUCAGCAGCCUGCAGCACCUCCAGGCCAUCGACUUGUCCCGGAACCAGUUCCAAGACUUCCCGGAGCAGCUUACCAACCUGCCCAAGCUGGAGACUAUCAACCUUGAGGAGAACGAGAUAGUGGAUGUUCCUGUGGAAAAGCUGGCUGCUAUGCCAGCCCUGCGUGUCAUCAACCUGCGCCUCAACCCACUCAGCGCCGAGGUGCGUGUGAUUGCCCCACCACUCAUCAAGUUUGACAUGCUCAUGUCUCCAGAGGAUGCACGGGCCCCUCCGCUUUAGACCAUCCUCCUCAUGCCCACUCAGCGAGGGACAGAAGACACUAGUCUGGCACCUUGAGAGGAGAAAGGCCCAUGGGAGGCUAAGCUUCGGGGCAUGAGGGUGGGUGGGCUGGACAUUGUGCUGGGGGAGGGCUGCAGCCAAGCCAGGAUAGCUAGCUUAGCACAGUAGUGGGUCCAGAGGGACGAGGCCAGGUGGAACCAGGCCUGGGCUUGGGGUACUCACAGCUGCUGUGCAAACGUGGGCAGGUCUCUUGUCCUCUCAGUCUUGUUACUUGUGAGAAGGAAUGGUGGCAGAUAGCCUUUGCCUGCUUGGGCCCCCUUGGAGGUCCUUCCUCUACAUCAUCAUGCACCAUCAGAGCUCAUGGACAGGCUUUGCUGGGCAUUUUCUGGGCCCUGUGGGUCUGAGGCCUCAUUUCUAGUGCUGAGAGCCACUCACCGUCCUGAGAGGAAUAGAAGACAGCCUCCAUCUAUUUAUUGCUUUCUGAGGACUGAUCACAGUGAGGCCCUUCAUGGUGCCAUGUCCUGGUCAUCAGGGUCCUUGGACUGCCAGGAGCCUGAACCAGGAGUCCUGGGGAUGCCUGUAGUGUGUGGCAGGGCCCUGUGGCAGGACAGGAGUGUUUAUGACGGAACCUGAACCUAGGGCCAUGUGGCCAGGGCAUAGAGGAGCAACUCAACUCGAGCUCAUGCUGUCCUUCCUUGUGACAAAGACAUCGUGAGGAGGAAGUUUUGUAUGCUCCAUCCCAUUCCUCCCUGAGUGUAGCAGGUGUGCCCAGGCAUUACCCCAAGAGCCAUAGGAGAGGUAGCCCAGAGAAGACAAAGCCAUCUUAUUUGUGCCUAUGACUCUGACCUGAGGUAGCCAGGUGGCCACUUUCACCAUGGUCUUCCUGUGGCUUUCCUCUGGCAGCAGCCAGGCUACUUUGUCCUGACCCUGGGGUAGAAGACACUUUGAACCAUUAGAUGAGUAACCAGCCAGCCCCAAGGCCAUCCCCUAUGACCAGCCAUCUUGAACUCUUUGCCUGUGGCCUAGGGGUGGCCAGUCAGUAGUGUGUCAAGCUAUCUCAAUGUGCCCAGGACUGAGGCAUUUCUCAGGAUUUGGGACUUUCAGUGCUGACUCUGGGACAUUACAUCAAGUCAGGACAAUCAGUCCCUUCCCAUGAGGGGGCUGGACUCUCACCCCCCUGAUAAAGCUUGCUCUUGGGACCCUUGACCUCCUGAUCUCCAGCUAUCUACCUCCUACCUCCUCACCUGUUGCAGCAGGCUGAUAGGCCAGCUCUUACCCUGGCUGGUCUGCAUCUUUGUAUGUCUGUGCAGGCCUGAGAGCUCCCAGGACAUGGGCAGAGCUAGGUCUCUUCACCUUUUAGAGAACUGGAAGUUCAGAUCUCACGCCACUGCUCAAAGUACAAAGAAGUACACUUGGGUCCCUAUGCCAGGCCUCCUAUCUAGAAGUAUUGUUGGCAUUGCUGAGUGCUGUGUAUCUCAAGAUGGACUUUGUCCACUCUGCUGGUGUCCUCAGGCCAGUCAGCCAAGUAAGGAGAGUUCCAGGUGAGGAUAUUGAGACAGGGUUACUGAGUCUAGCUGUAGACCUGGGGGCCAAGCAAGGACUGAAGUGCAGGAGGCCUCGCCCACCCUGUCCUUGAGCUGGAAUUUCAUCUUGUUGAAGAGACAAUUUCUCUGGGAUACAAGAGGAAUCCUAUGGGUGGGGCUUUGCACAGAGCAGUGUGCGCUGUGAAUGAGCAACAGCAUCACCUAACAUCAGCUUGCUAGAAAUGCAGUCGCCAGCAGCAAUGGUGCACACCUGUGAUCCCAGCGCUCAGGACCAAGGCAGGAUUGUGUAUGUGAGGCCAGCCCAUGGGUCGUAGUGAGAACCUAUCGCAACAACAACAGAUGAAAAAGUAAAAGAGAGAGAAAAAAAAAAACCCUGCAGAGUGCUGGGCAUGGUGGGGCCCACUUAUAAUCCCAGCACUUGGGCGGGGAAGCAGAAGGAUCAGGUGUUCAAGACCAGCCUCAACUACAUGAUGAGUUCAAGGCCAGCCUGGGCUACACGAGACCCUACUUUAAUAAAGUUAAAUUUUGAAAAAGGGGAAGUUUCAGGCCUCACCCUGACUUUCUGAUUCAGAAGCUGUAUUUUAAUAAGAUCUGCAACUGAUUCCUUCACGAACUUCAUAGUUGGAGAGUCGAGGGCUUAGGUGGCCUGGGUUUGUCCUCAGCAUGGAGGGUAAAAGCCUGCAGCUCUCCCCCUUCCACUUCCAUGGAUCAGAGUGUGUGCUCAGCCUCCUUCUCCCCCAGCUCUGGGAGAUCCUUGGCAUGUUAGACAUCUUGGCUUGGUCUGCAUGUCACCCCCAGGGAAGGGAGUGACUGUGGUCAUGAUGGUGGUCACCAGGAGAUGAGAGCUGGGUGAACCCUGCCCCUGCACCAUGCUGCCUCUCAGGUGUACCCCUGCACAACAAACCUCCUGCAUUCCCAGGUCCCAGCCCCAAGCUAUUUGCAGGAUUGCUCCCUGAACUUGUCUUCUGUGCUGUCAGUGUGCCCUAACCUGUCUGGGCAAGCUUGGGCAGUCAGAGAAACCUUCAAAUCCAGGCUCAUGGUGUGAGUGAGCCAUUAGCUUCAGUCUGCAAUAAAGAAUGGAUGUGUUGGUUUCCUCUGUCUA